CCAGCAAGUCUACUUUUACUGCGAGCUGUCAGAAAGGCUUGUUGCAUGUCUAGCGCAAACUAAGAGGAAAGAGAGAAAGCCGCCUUUUGUUUUCCAUUGGUGUUUUUUGUAUUAUCCCCGACAAGAAUGUUUAUUUUUUAAUUAGAUCACCUAACAGUGAGCCUUAAUAAGAUACUCCUUCAUUUUCACAUGUUCACUUAAAGCCUUCUUUUUAGUUCCGUGGGCCGUUUGUUGGCAUCUGGCAGCGCGAGGCUAGGAGCAGGUCACGGUGAUGAGAUCUUUGACAGAAAGUGCCUUGACAGACAACGUCCCUACUUGAAGCUGCUCACUGGUCCACACAUGUAUGUCCCUCUAAGCCUGCUCUCCUGUCAGACACUGUCCUCACCAGAGCUGCGACAGAAAGUAUAAUACCUCAGUACCGCAACACUCGGCCCUCCAUUUCACUUCUGCUCGACUCCCGAAACUCCCUAAAUUCAAGAGGAAAGAUUUACAGCGGGAGGAGGGAAGCGCUGACAAAGCACAAAGAGCUGACUGGCUCCGAGAGGACUUAAUCAAUACCAGCGAGCAGUCUGCAUAUCCCAGUCUUAAUAUUCCAUUAAGGAGUGCCAUUGCCUUGUGUACGCAUUGAUUAGGGAGCGCCGGGGACGCCGGUGGUCUGUCUGUCCAGCAUACGGCCUGGCAUGUCCCUUUCCCCCUGCCAGAGGUCUGCACCAGGGACAGAGUGAUUGAUGAGUGACCAGCCGCUGACAGAUAGCUUAGUCUGUUCCCCAUGCUGCUGCCGCGUAGGCGUAUCAACCCGCCAUCUUCUCCGUUUUUCAGACCUUCUCCAACAAAAAAAAGCCUGAGCCAGAAGUUUUGAAACAAAUUUUCUGUCCCGUUAGCUUCUCGCAUGUUCAAGAGUUUUUUUCUCCUAAACGAAGACAGAGCCGCGGUCGAUAUCUUUUCCAAAAAAAAAAGAAACCCCAAGGCUUCUCUUUUUUUCCCCCCGCCGUUUUUGAUAUGGCUUUAAACAUUGCUUCAAUACGGGACACAAAAUGGCUGACGCUGGAAGUGUGCCGGCAGUUUCAGAGGGGAACGUGUUCGCGUAGUGAUGAGGAAUGCAAAUUUGCACACCCGCCGAAGAGCUGCCAGGUGGAAAAUGGAAGAGUUAUUGCCUGCUUCGACUCACUAAAGGGUCGGUGUACAAGAGAAAACUGCAAAUACCUUCACCCACCAGCGCACUUAAAAACCCAGCUGGAGAUAAACGGGCGCAACAACCUGAUCCAGCAGAAGACGGCCGCCGCCAUGCUGGCCCAGCAGAUGCAGUUCAUGAUCCCGGGCACCACCAUGCAGCCCAUGAUCCACCGAUUUGCACAGAGGGGUGAUUUCGCCGCAAAUGAGAUGGCGCAUUUGAUGUGUUCGCAUCCCUCAUUUCCUGUCACCCAAGGCUUGGGGACGAACCACGGCAUGAGCUACUCUCCGUAUCUCAGCCCCAUGACCCAUGGAAUGGGGCUGGUUCCCACGGAGAUGCUGCCCAGCUCCCCGGUCAUCAUGCCCGGGAGCCCGCCCGUCUCAGUGCAGGGCUCCUCCUCCACUGGGAAGCUACUGCGGACUGACAAGCUGGAGGUGUGUCGGGAGUUCCAGCGGGGAAACUGUGCCCGGGGCGAGACGGACUGCCGCUUUGCGCACCCCAGCGACAGCCCCAUGAUCGACACGAGCGACAACACGGUCACCGUGUGCAUGGACUACAUCAAGAGCCGCUGCUCCCGGGAGAAGUGCAAGUACUUCCACCCCCCUGCACACCUACAGGCUAAAAUCAAAGCCGCGCAGCACCAGGCCAAUCAGACGGCCGUGGCUGCACAGGCAGCCGCCGCAGCCAUGACUCAGUCGACUGCCAAAGCAAUGAAGCGACCCCUCGAGGCAACUGUAGAUCUGGCUUUCCCCCACGGCGUCCUGCAGCCGCUACCAAAGAGACCAGCGCUCGAGAAGAGCAACGGGGCCAGCACACUCUUCAACCCCAGCGUUUUGCACUACCAGCAGGCCCUGGCCAACGCACAGCUUCAGCAGCCCGCGUUCUUUCCCGCAGGGUCAGUCUUGUGCAUGACUCCUGCUUCCGGCAUUGUACCCAUGAUGUACAGUGCUACGCCUGCUACUGUCUCUGCAGCAACAACUCCUGCCACAAGUGUCCCCUACGCAGCAACAGCACCAGCCAAUCAGAUCAUCCUGAAGUAACAGACAGGAAAGGAACAGCGUGUCAAGAUGCUGCACUAAGGAGCCCCAAAGCACCCUUCUGUAAAUACUACCUUUCCUCCUCAUUAGAACUACAGCAACCUGCAUGUUAAAAGUAUAUGAAUUAAGGAUGACUCAUUAACUAUAACAUUGAGUGCUGGUGUAAUAUAUACAAGAUGAUGUAUAUGUAUUGCUAGGAAAAUAAUGACAUGUAAAUGACACAAUCAAAAAAAAAAAAAAAGUAUGUACAUACGCUAUGUUGAGAAAAGUUGGAGAUUUCGUUUUAAUGAUUGUUUUCAGAUAUGCUCAAAGUAAUGUGGGUUAUUAUCUUUCCAUAUUUGUUUUUAAAAACUCUGCACAAAAAAAAAAAAUUCACCCUUGGAAAACACCAAAAUUUGCACUGUCAGAAAAGAAAAUAGUGCUUAAUGUAAAGUGCUGGAUUGUUUUUAAACGGGCCGUGCGUCGCAGGAAAGGCCCUGGUGGUUCUGUCCCGGAAGUGCAGGUGCUCUAGGCCUGGCCAGAGGGAGUGCCUGUUAUUGUUUCAGUUUUGUUCACUUGGUUUGUAUUCCUUAAUAAGAAUGAAUGUCGCAGCAGGUAGUGCUGGGGUUUCUGACGGUGUCGACUUUACUGAGGGGCUCGCUCCGGCCCCACCCCACCCCGCACACUCACGCACGCAUAUACACACACACACACACACACGCACAGGCACGCACAUAUGCGCACACACACACACACGCACGCAUGCACACACAUACGUGCACACACGCACACACACACACACACACACUUCAGCCAUCUGGUGACACCCCCGUUCUGCACACGCCCAAAUCCACCAAAUAGAAUCGGUCCCAACAAAAUGCUAGCGCGUUUACCGGUCGCCAUGGCAGCCAACACCCCGUUCGCGGACGUGGGAAAAACCAAAUCUCAGACUUUGACUCUCUCUCAUCCGCGUCUGAGUACAAACCACACCUGAGAAGUCUUUCUUUUCUUUUAGUUGUUUUUUUUUUUCUCCUUAUUUCUCUUAGUUGUUUUCAUGGGGGUUGGGAUAGGGUGGGGUGGGGUCGGGUGGGGGGGGGUCUUACUUGGAAUACCGGCCAUCAGGGAGUAGCACGCUGCCCCCAGUGUUGUGCCAAGGGCUCACGGGGGUCGCCGGGCGGAUCAAACACACAAAAGCCACACAAAAGCCACACCUGUCAGCUUGGACGUCUGCAGGCAGACUUAACGCGAGCGGGUGGAGAGCGCGCGGUCGCGGUCACGGUCGGGAGCGAAGCUCAAACGACGGAUGACGUUAAGGAGAGUUGGGGCUCAUCAACGGUGCAUUAGACCAUCCUUGUCAGAUACGAGGGACUCGCAUUUGAAAGGAAAGCUAGCGGCGGCCGUCAGUCGCGGCGGCCGCUCUCUCUCGGAUAAUCCUGUUUUAUUUGAAACUGUAGAAGUGCCUAAAAAAUGUUUUACAUUACAAGCAUCUUGUGAAGAUGACUACGUCAGUGACACACCAAUCCGUUUGUACCAACCUUCUGUGCGGUUCUCGAUCGAGUCUGAAAAAACUACGAGCGUACAGUACACGGCCCAGUCGGUUGAAGUUCGCAGUGUUAAGGGACACUAUUUGAUCUUUGGAUAUGCCACCAACAAAGCCACAUAACUCAACUUUCAGUAGAAAAAACUAAUCAAUACCACUUGGGCAGAAUGUUCAGUGGUCUUUCAUACUGUAACGUUCAUUUCUACCAUGGGUUCUGAAGUAGUUUACAUUGGAGACGUGAUACCGAGUGAGAAUACAGGAAAUGUGUUGUGAUGCGUUUGUAACACGUUUGUCUAUUAUCUUUCGUGUUGAAAUUCAUUGUCAUUGCAAUGUAUUCGAAACAAAUCAAACUUGUUUUGUACAAUGAUCAUUAUAAUAUUUCAUUAGAGAGUAUCAAAAUAACAGUCUGCUGUUUUUAUGAAAUGACAUGGUCACACGUGUAAUCACAUUGUGCAAGCCAGCCACCAUAUUAUUUCCUAACUUGUUUUGUAAUUCUUUGAGAGUGUAUUUCAGUGCAGUUUAAGACUAAUAAUUUCAUGCAGACUUUUAUUUCCCUUUUUUUGCGCAUGCGUUGAAAACUUAAUCAGAAUCAUGAUGUAUUUUCAUGGUGAUUGAUUAACACAGACAAUCCACAGUGAGACUCCUUUAUGUCAGCAUGGACAAGGCACUGGUCUUACCAUUUGUAUUCUUUUUUUCAUUCAAUAUGAUUUUGUUUUCUUCACAAAAGUUACAGUUUUAAUGUAAUUUUUGAUGUGGAAAGUGAUUUACAUAUAUUUUAUUGUCUUGAUUUUAUUUUUAUUUUUUUCCGUUAAAUAUUAGUAAUAGAAUGAUGUUGUAACCUAUUCUAUUUUAAAAUGAAUGUAAUUUAUUAAGCUGCUCUUUGUUCUGCUGGAGGCUCUUCAAAGGGGCCCGUCCUGUCAGAUCAGCCAAUGAGGAGCCGGUCUGAAACGAGAGGUGGGGUCUGAGAGCUACUGUACCAAUGGCAGGCUCUUCCAGAUCUUUCUGUCUUGUCAACUGUCACUAACACAGGACAAUGCAUUGCAGAAUGAGCAAAGCUUUAGAAUUGCUUGUAUAAUGUAAAAAUGUUUAUUGUAUAGGUAACAUUUUACCAAAAAAAAAAGAAAAAUUUAAAAAGACAUGUACUUUUCACUGUAGUAUGGUAGUAUUUCAUAACAAUAUUAAGUUGUUGCUGUGGCAACCUAAAGUUGCAAUGACUAAAGUUCUGUAUUUUUGUAAAUGAUGUAAUUGUUAAGUUCUUUUUUUUUCCCUAGAACACUGUACCACACUAGAUUGUAAAACAGAUAUCGGAACAUUUCCUAUUUUAUGUCGAGAUUAUAUACAGUAAUAUUUUCAGUAACAUGUAAUCACCUCUGUAUCAAUGUAUAUUUCUUUUCCAUUUAAGAAAUAAAAGGAAGAGCUCCAAAUUGCAUUUAAUAUAUUACCGGAAAUAUAAUGCUCCAUUCCACCAAAAAAAAAAAAAAAAGAACAGCCAAGCAGUUAAAAAGGCCGGCUCUUCCCCUCAUAGUUAAUUAGUCGAGGAACACCCUGGAUUCCUAACAGCCAGUGGAAACUAUUUUUUAAAGUAGUGCUUGAUGGUUUAUCAGCAGAAUUUAGGAUUGCACUUUGUUCCAGUACUUAUAUAAUUGUUCUAUUUCUAAGAGUUGCAUAUUGUGUAGGGUAUGGCAAAGUUAACAUCAACAUUUUGUUGUUAUCCAUUACUUGUUACCAUUAAUGAAUUAAUCUUCAAUGAGCAUCUUGCAUGUUUUGUUUUGUAUUGUUUUUUUAAACAAACAGGAUGCUUGCUUAUUACAAAACUGUUCUAAAAAAAAUGUAAUGAAUGUUUCUAGAAGUACAAAAAAAAUGUCUGCACACGAAAGACGAAAUCCAGUUUGUCCUUUGCUGUGGUUUAGUGCACCCAGCUACAGGACUUUAAGUUUAAUGCACAGUCAAAGGGUUUUGACGUUGAUGUGAUGGUAGAUGUAAGCACUUUCUGGGCAGUUGGUUAACUGGGCAGACCCAGCUUAUCUGUAAACUUUGCCUUACCCUUAGUGUUCUGUCCUUUAGGUUUUAUCUUCCUGAAAUAUCGGGUUGUUCCUGGUCUACUGAAAUGACUUUCCAAUUGCAGUUAUUUAUACACAGAAUCAUUUAAGGUUUCGCUCCAGACAUUUUUAUUCAAGCCAGAGUGGUGGAGUGGUGACAGAAGCGGUCUGGUGUUCUCAUCUUUCCCAUGACAAAAGCUUGAUGAUGAUGAUGAUGAUGAUGAUGAUGGAACUGUAGCCUACAUGCCAUACAGAAUAAUUCCAACAUUAGGCUACAGCUGCUGUGCCACUUAAUGACAUCUGUAUUUCAGUUGAUCAUCUACAUUGCAAAAAAAAAGAAAAAGAAAAAAAAGAUGAAAGUUAAAUAAGCCCUUACUGGAUUUUAUUUGUUUUUUAUGUAACCAUUUUUAAAUGUUUUAUUUGUGCAUAUAUUAUGUGCUAUUUUAUGUUAUAUAGUCAAUUGUUUUUGUUCCUGCAAAAUGGUGUAAAACCUAUUGAGACAAAACAAAUAAAAUAAUAAAUACAAGGAUUCUGAA